AUGGCCACGGUACCUGGUUCCUCGACACUGGGUGUGCCAGAAGCGACGAAGGAGAAGUUUAAUAAAGUCUUGGGUCUGCAACCAGAGCAGCAUGAGAAGGAGCUCUACGCCAUUUUCAAGGCGGAUUCUUUGUCGAGGUUCUACGUGCCUGCCGUAAUGAUGGGGCACGACUCACCGCCGCCGCCAUCGUCGAGGAUGACGCUCGAUAUACCGAAGGACACACGCUAUGUGAACGUCACUGGUAAUGUGAGCAGAGAUUCUAAAUGGAAGGAAAAAGCACCCUGGAGUGAUCGCAACCAUGCGUUUGCAGAGCGUUCGGAGUCUGUCGAGGACGACGGCCAUAUCAGCAAUCUUAUCGUGGGCGGACGACCUGGCCAGGUACUCGAGGCGCUGAGCAAGGUCCGGCACCGCGUGGACGACCGGACCGCCAUCUGCUACAUGUCAGACGGGCUUGGAGUUGCCGAGGCCGCGAAUAACAAGUAUUUCAAAGAUGAGGAAAAGAGGCCUUCCAUCGUUCUCGGGCAUUUCAGCAGCCCAGUCGCAUACAACAGGAAUUCCAAGUCGGUGCGGGUUAUGCAUCCAGACUACGCCACAUCACUCACGGGGGUGCGACCGCUCGUGGAGGGUAGAGACGAAUACCUCUCGGAAACGGCAUGGCUUAGGACGCAGUCUAUGCUGCAGAAGUUCGCGACGGCGGACUUGCUCAAGGCCCAGGGGAUGCAGCUCGAAAACUGGAUGAAGGUCAAGAUCCCGGCGCUGAUGUUCUCGGCUGUCGCAGAGCCGAUCUGUGUGCUUCUGGAUAGGCCGUACAAGGACCUGACUAGAAACCGCCACGCCAACUUGCUGAUGGACCAGCUUUUGGAAGAGAUCGCGGAUGUGGUGGCGAUUAUGCCGGAGGUAAAGCGGUCGCCGGAGCUGCAAAACAUGCUACGGAGAGGGUACAUGAAGAAGAUGAUCAUGAGCCAACUCUGGGGGAAGAAGGAUGCACCAAGCAGGAUGGCAUUGCAGAUCCGCAGGGGGGCGCUUACGGACAUCGACUAUCUGAAUGGAUUCUUCAUCCAGAGGGGUGAGAUGGCGGGCCUGAAGCUGCCUGCGAACAAAAUGGCCGUCAGUAUGGUCAAGGCUAAGCAUAAGACCGUCUGGAGAAAAACUCAGUCGUAUGUUCAUGUGGAAGAGACUUCAAGGCGGUAG